AUGCAGGCAACAGAAUCGCUGCAAAUUCCAGAGUUUAUUGGAAAACGCGUUGACCCAACUUACAGUAAAGUACUGCAGCUAAGGCUUAAAGAAUUGCUAAAUAGUCAAAACGAUAGCUUUCCCGGAUCGCAACCUGUAAGCUUUGAAUCGAGACAUUUGAUUGACAUUGAACGUGAGGACUAUUUUGUCUGUGAGAAAUCAGACGGUGUACGAUACUUGCUCUUCUUUCUUCACUCGCCCAAGGGACCUGCUUCAUUUCUGUUUGAUCGAAAUAAACAUUGGUAUUAUGUACCAAAUUUAUUGUUUCCUGUCAGGGGACGAGAGAACGAAUUCUUGAAAGAUACCUUGAUGGACGGUGAACUAGUCUUGGACAUUGAUGCAAACAAGAAAACAUGGAGAUACCUUAUAUUUGAUUUGAUGGUGGUCAAUGGGUCUACCAUCAUACAAAGGUCAUUCAGCUCUCGACUUGGGAUGUUACAACAAGAUAUCAUACAGCCAUUCAACGCUCGAAUGCGUACACAAAUUGACCCAGCAAAGUUACCACCCUUCACAAUUGAACUGAAAAAGAUGGAAAGAUCAUAUGGAUUGCAUCUCGUGUUUGAACAAAUACCCAAAUUGAAGCAUAAAAGUGAUGGAAUUAUAUGGACGCCUGUCAAAUGCCCGUACACACCAGGCACAUGUGAAAAAUUAUUAAAGUGGAAGCCACCAGAGUUGAAUACAGUGGACUUUAGAAUUGCAGCAAGAUGGAGCAAAGAACACAAACCCAUUUAUUCGAUUGAAGUGUUAUCGAACGGCGUGACAUACAAAUUCUAUGAUCAUUUCCAGCCUGAACCAGCAUUAGCUACACAAUGGAAAAAUCAACUACCUGAUGGACGAAUAGCCGAAUUUAGAUAUGAUCCUCAAUGUGAAGUGACAAUAAUUGAGCAGGGAUAUGCACCCACUGUAAGAAAAGGUGGCUGGAGAUUUGUGCGGUUCCGAGACGAUAAGAGCACAGCAAAUGAUGAGCAAGUGGUGAAGAAGAUUCUAAAUAGUAUUCAAGAUGGCGUUACAAAAGAGCAAUUAUUAGCAUGUAUGGACAGGGUACGAGCUGCCUGGAAAGCGAGAGAAAAGGGAUUACCUAUGCCGCCAUUACCAUCAAAGGCUCCCGGUAACUUGACCUUAACAACACAAAUAACACCCACUGCUUCCAUGUCCAGUACACCCACCUCUUCAUCAGUGCUUCAAUCCCCUGGAUUUCCAUCAGCAUCCAGCGGCUACUUUCGUGAAAGUCACGACAGUUCAAGCAGAAGCAACUCGAUUUCAGAGGAGCCGCCUACGCCCAUGAAGAGAAAAUCAUCGACUCCAUCAGUAACAACACCAUUAAAAGAGUCAGUCGAAGUCAAAGAGGACGAGCCUGUGGAUAGGAAAAGAUUAAAAUCACUGGCAGAAGAAGAACCACAGCAACCUUCGGCAUUAGCCUCUGCUUCAACCAACUCAAUAUCUUCGCCUUCGUUACCUGUCAAUGUCAAAACUGAAAAAGUAGAUGUGGAGCCACACUUUGCAAAUAACAACAAUGAACACCAGCACCCUUCACGGCAGGCACAGCAGCAACCGAUAGCAUUACCAAAACAACGGGUGUCAAAACAAAUGAAAUCAGAGGAAUCUCGCUCUAGAAAGACCUCGCUCGUGGAAGAAAAGGCUGCUCCCGAUUUGCAAUUGCCGCCUUCAUCAUCAGCCAAAAUAAGCAAGAUUCCGGCUGCUGUAAAUACUCACUCUGCACGUACAUUAUCCGCACCUGUCAUUGCAGCAAUGCCUGAGACAACAGCAGCAGCAGCUCCAACUGCCUUACCAGAAUUGAACAAGGUUGAAGAUAGUCGUCGAUCAAAAUCUAUACCACAAUUACCAAAAGAAACCAUCAUGCAAACGCCGAAAAAAGCCAAAUCAUCGUCCAGCAUACACAAUCUCUUGACAACAUCCGUUGAGCCAACGCCUAGUAAAAGGGCUUAUGAUUUCUCAAAUAUCUUGCAGCAAAACAAGAAAAGUUCGCCCAUACAUCAGCAACCACAAUCACAAUCACAACCCCAAGCUCCACAUCAGCCGUUGCAACAACAGGUACAUCAUCAGCAAUUCCAAUCACUGCAACAACAGCAACAACAGCAGCCUCAUCAACCACAGCCUGUUCAAUUUAUUAAUUUCCAUGCUGAAGGCAGACAAUCGCCACAACAAAUGAACAAAAACCAUGUGCUGAUCAUUCGAAGUGAGAGUAAUAGUCAACCAGCCAUUACAGCGCAAUAUCAACAUCAGCAGCAGCGUACAUGGAAAAAUAGUAGCAGUAACAAUAGUGUUAAUAAUAAUGUAAAAUAUGAAAACCACACACCAACACCACCACCGCGAUCCCAAUCUCCAUCUUCACACAUUGCACCUUCACAAGAAUCAUAUUCUCCUUAUAAUAAUCAAGCUGUACCAACACCAUACCAUCACUUGCCACCUCAAAAUCAACAACAACAACAGCAGCCAUGUCAUCCAUCGUAUUAUGGUCAAUAUCAACAUCAACGACCACAAGCGCCAACACCACCGCCGCCAUCACAGCAGCAGCAUCCAGCCCACAUGUAUUGUUAUCGCCGCAAUGAGCAACCGGUUGCUCACUCUUACCAGCAGCAGCAGCAGCAGUCUAUGCAUCGCCAACAGCCAUAUCCUCAACCACCUCAUCCACAACCACCGCAGCAAAAUACAAUUCAACCAAGUAGUUCUUCUCCCGUGUCUCCUCCCAAACGAAAGAAUAGUCAAAAAGCAAAACUUGAUUUCAUUUUGAAUUGA